GCUAGGGUUGCCUCUCUUCAACUUCAGUUUCUGUUCUACUUUAUAUAUACGUACCUCUACUCGAUCACAUAUAAAAAAUGGCACCUCCAUCUGCAGUCGAGCCGCAGAAUGGCAGCGAGACUAAACCGAGCAACGCUGCUCCUCUCGAGCCAGGUCUGAACGAGAAAAAGUCCAAAAUAAAGGCUCUCUCGUUCCCUAGCCCACCCAAGUUCGACGACCCGUACAAGGAGCGAGCAUACCUUAAAGGGAGACUGGCUGCUGCGUUCCGUAUCUUUGGCAAGUAUGGGUAUGAUGAGGGUGUUGCCGGACACAUCACC